UUUCACAAUAUCAGUUCAAUUGUAUUUUGCAGAAAUGGGAUCUUCUGAAGGUCGAAGAGCAACUUUAAUGGUGUACAGAAAUUUACUGAAAGCAGUGAAAAAACAUAUAGGGAAGGAAGAACACAAAUCUCAUUUUACUGAUUUCAGCAGGGAAGAAUUCAAGAAGAACAUAAAUCUGGAAUACUCAAAAGACUCUUCUUUUAUUCAGCAAAGAAUUAAUCUUGCUCAAAAUUAUACUUAUCUUCUCAAUAGUAUCCAUCAUCAUAAGGACUUGCUAUUUUCUUACAACAUUGCAGUGGAUAGAUCAAAUGAGAUGACAAAAGUGCUGGGCAAAUCUGCUGCAAGUGUGGGUCUACGCCUUCCUGAUGUUUAUCAGCAUUAAAAGUUGCAUAUGCAUCACCGAGUCAUAUAUACACAUUUGCUCAAUGUACGCGUUGUUUGCAUUACUGGUAUCAUUUCGAAGGUGGUUUUAGAUGAUUCAACAAAACUGGAAGCUGAUAUCACAGAUAUCUCCUAGACCAACUUUCAUUCAUAUCUCCUUAGGAUAACAAUUUCGCGGAUCUGUCCUAUGUUGGACAGAAUGUUUUUGGUUCGAUGAACACCAAACCAGGAAAGUCAAUCAGAAAAAUGAAGAAUUCUCCGCGUUUGUGAAGACUGCCUCAGAAAUUGCCAAGCUAGAGAUAGUUGUGCCUGAUAAGUUUCAUUUCAUGUGAGAACUCAUUAGUCCAUUUGAGCCUGUUGUUUCUGUUUGUUACUGUUGUCUCUUUUUUCACUAUUCGUUCAUUCUACUGACGAUCUUUCAUAAACAACUUCUCUACCUACUUUAUCAUUCCUGGACUUACACUGAAUUUUUUGUCGU